GGGCUCGUUGUAAAGGAGAGGCUUUUAUCUUGAAAUCUGUGCUAAGAUGAGUUGUGAAUAAAAUUCUCCAGUGUAUUUACAGAAGUUUCCAUAACAUUUACGAGAAAGUGUAUGUCUCCAGUUUUCCACCUGUUGCAUUAUGCAAAAACGCGUUAGAGAAAACUGAACGAUGGAGCGCGUAACUAGAAGCUUUAAGCUUUAAAACGAGUCUAGGCUUGUUGUUGUGCAACACGUGUUUACGAAACUAUAACAGUUCAAAUCAAUCGAGAAUUUAUCAAAAAUCUGAAAUUCAGUGUACGAAUUACUUUUCCGGUUGACUGUACUGGACUGUACGUAUUUCAUAGUGCGGCGUGCAACUUGUGUGCACGUGUAGGAGCGAACACAAUUAUUUAGAUUCAGUAAUUAAUGAUUAAUUAUGAUUGAAAACAAUUUUACCGAAUUGAAUUUAAUAUAAUAUAAACGCACAAGUGCAUACAUAUCAGAAAUAUCAGUAAAACACGUUGAAAAGAAUCUUUAGAGGUGUUGCAAAAUGGAGAAACGGAAAGAGCACCCCGGUACAGAAUCGAAAGUUAAGCAUUGUAAGAUAUCACACGUUGUAAACAACGAUAUUGUAAGUAAUGAAAAUAAUAUUUCUCACGAUGAUACGCAAAAAUCUCCAAAAGAAAAGAAAAGGGACAAGAAACACUUAGCGAAUGGUAACAAGGAGAUGGAGAAACCUAAUUGGAUGGAAAUUAAAAAGAAGAAGAAAGAAUUGAAAGAAAAGUACAGAGCAAAGAAAUUAAAUAAUAUCUAUGAAAUAACGAUUAAAGCUAAAAAGAUCGGCGAGAAGUUACGUAGGUCAGAUUGCACAGCAUUAGAACGUAAAAAGUUGAUUUUAAACACUCACGAAUUGCUAAGCUCUCAUUACAAUAAAGUAAUGCUCACGCAUGAUUUAUCUCGUAUUAUUCAAUGGAUGAUCAAGUUCAGCGAUCAAAAAAUUCAAAGAGAUAUUUAUACAGAGAUAAAACCAUCUAUCAAAGAAAUGAUUUUGUCGAAAUAUGCAAAGAACUGUGUGAAAAGUAUAUUCAAGUAUGGUCCACGAGAUGUGAAACAUGAAAUUAUUUCUGCUUGCUAUGGUAACAUAGUGAAAUUCAUGAGUCACUCUGUAUCUGCACCUUUGAUAGAACUUGUGUAUACUAAGUAUGCAAAAAACACUGAGAAGGCGCAUUUUAAACAAGAAUUUUAUGGUGAUAUGUACAAACAAGCUAAAGACAAUCAAAUUAAGUCUCUUCCCGAUGUAUAUAAAACUGCAGAAAAUAUGAAAUCGGCGACAUUGACAGCUGUAAAAGGAAAUCUAAUGAGGAUAUUAAAUAAAAAACUUUUGCAGUUUACACUUGUACAGACUAUACUUUUAGAAUACAUAUGCGAGUGUUCAAGCGAAGAUAGAUCGGAAAUGAUAGUUAUGUUAAAAGAUUCCGUUGUAAAAUUAUCUCAGACCAAACCCGGUUCAAAAAUCGUAGUUCAAUGCAUAUGGCAUGGCACCAACAAAGAUAGGAAAUUGAUUAUGAAAAGUCUUAAGGGAAACGUAAAGACUGUAUCUAUGUCUGAGCAUGGAUACUUAAUACUACUAGCAUUGUUCGACACAGUAGAUGAUACUAUACUUGUAAAGAAAAUUAUACUAUCAGAAGUUCAGAAAGAUCUGACAGAGAUAGCACUAAACGAACAUGGAAAGCACAUAAUUUUGUAUUUAGUAGCAAGAAGAAGCCCUCGUUACUUCCAUCCUAAUCUAAUUACAUUUUUGCGACAAGGAGAUCACAAUAAAGCAAGCAAGAAGUUACCGGACACUCGGGAGAAAGAACUUCGAGAUAGCAUUUCAAAUUUAUUACUCGAAACUAUAGUCGAAAAUAUUGCAACAUGGUUGUCUAAUAGUUCCAUUGCAAUGGUAACACUGGCAGUUUUGAAUGCAGGUACUGGAGAAAAAUUGAAGCUAGUUUUCGAGUCCAUUGCUGACUACAUCACAGAUCCUGAUUCAAAAAUCAAAGAAGAGGACGACACUGAACAUAAGAUUGUUGAACACCCAGGUUUACAUAUGAUGUUGAAGAAACUUAUACAGAAUGAUAAGAAGUUACGAGAAAAUAACGACACCACAUUCGGAGAAAUACUGAUCAAUCGUCUAGAAACAAAUGUCAUCGAGGAAUGGAUAGAAUUUAAUAGAGGCUGCUUUUUAUUAGUAUUUUUAUUAGAAAACGAAGUGAAAUCGAUCACGAAUAUUCUACGUUCUAAAUUGAAUCCAAUAAAGAAUGCUCUGAAAUUAAAAACAAAUUCAGGAGCGAAAAUUUUAUUUAAACAAUUUAAAGAAACGUUGUAAAAUGUGAAACGUCACUGCGACAACCGCGAAUUCUGCAGGAUGCAUAGUUUAGAAGCAACUGUAACAACGUAACAAAUGUAAAUGUCAGCGGUAAAAUCAUUCGCUGCAAUUUUAUUUGCAAUACAAGUACAUCGUAUUCAAUCAAAUUCCACGAUCAUUCUAUGUAAUAUAUUAUUCGUACAGAACUUAUACGGCCGACAAAUAUAUUUAUAAAUAUACAUUUUCCUAUCUUUCUAUAAGAUCAUAUAAAAACAUAGGAAACCAUAAAAAGAAGUAUGAAGUACUGAAGCUAGAUUUCAUCCUGCCGCGAUCCUAAAUUGCACCAUACAUUUAGAACGAUAUUCAGAAAAAAGUGAACAUGCACAUCAAUAACAAUUCUCUUAUUUUUAUCUGGACUACGAAACUAUCUUUGAAAGAACGAGCGACUUCAUACAAAAUAAAUAUUCGACUGUAAUAUUAUUAAAAAGGGAAUCCUGAAGAACGCGACAGGAUUAAAUUAUGCGAUAGUAGACAAUUUUUGUUAUUGUUAUACAUAGGAGCCAUGAUUAUAAUGAAAUUUCAUCAUUAAAAGAACUUUUGCAAAUA